GAGGGUGGGGAUGGGAUGAGGGCGGGGCUGGAGUGUGGCUCAAGUUGUGCAGUGCAGUACGUGACUUAUCACGCGACUUACAGCACAAGACAUGGACUCCCAGAGGUUUGUGAAUCUUGUCUUCAUGGAGAACACGCCAUCAGGCUGAAGGAAGGGAGACAAUCAGACGAGUCUGAGUUGCUGGCCAUGGAGGAACAGACUCCAGUCAAAGAGGAUGAAUACAAUGAUAUGGAAGAUUACUUGAUCUUUGUCACAGAUACGCAAGCUACUCUUCUCAAAGGAUCAGAAGGUCAGGGCCUUCAUCAAGAGGUCAGACAGACGACAGGUGCUGAUGUACAGCUGUUUCCUCGUUUGCCGUCUGCUAGAGACACCAACACUGUCAUCGUCAGGGGCUCGCGACUUCAGAUUCAAAAGGCAGUCAGACUCAUCUAUCAAAAGACAGAAGCUCAGACAUUCUGGCUAAAGUGGGUUGAGGCCGCCUUCCCUGAUCUCGACUCUCGCGCCUACUUCGUGCCUCCUGUCUACUUCAACCGCGUGCCGAUGACCAGAGAGUCGGUUGCUGGCCAGGAUGUCAGGAUUCUUCCACCAGAACCUGGAAAGACAGGUAAUGCGCUAGUGAUGAUCGGUCUUUCUGCCAUCACUGGGGCUAAAGUCCAGGAGAGUGACGUCAGGGAUGACACAGCCAUGCAGCGGGUGGUCGUCUGCCUACAGACGAUGUUUGAAGACAAGAAGAAAGCUUUGGUUGGAAUAAGUCAGCUGCGGUUCGGACAGUACCUGGGGGAAUCUUGUUUCGCCGCCGCGGCGGCUCAGUUACCUAAGGCCACCAACCUUCCUUCUGCUCUGUCACGUGACUGGAAACAAGGAGACUUUGAUGUGCUUCUCAUUCAUCCACAUCAUGGUUUUGUCGUCUUUGAGGUGAAGGCGUUUGGGGACAAUUUACAGAAACUUAGCAUGUCACAGCAGGAUAUCGACAAAUGCAUCAGAAAGAAGCUGAGAGAGGCUGCAGGUCAGCUGGACAAGGCGGAGGCCAUGUUGUCUCACCUGGUGUCCGGCAUCGCUCCCGGUCUGCGCAUCACUAAGGUCAUCGCACUCCCUAACCUCUUUGCUCGUCAGGUGCAAAAGGCCAUCUCUCAGGACUCUCAACUGACUCAGGUCCUACGUCAGUGUCUAACAACAAAGUCCGCCAACAUUGCUGACUUGUGUCUGUGCUGUGAUCAGUUGUCUGACCCCAAGACGCCUUUGGAAGUCAGUAAGAAGGUCUUAAAGAAACUGGACAGCUGGUGGCAUCGAUGCGUGACUGAUUAUGGCCCCGACAGUCAAAUGACUAGUGCUGUGUACCAUAUAUUGCUAGCCAGGUUCUGUGGUCCGGCGACAACAGUGACUGUGCCAUGCACAUGUCCUCCACGUGUGUGUAUCAAGACCCUGGGUCAGGCUGUGUCACAUACAGGAGAGUGCUAUACUGCUCAUGCUGCAUCACGUGAUGCUCAAGACAUGGAAGGAGGAACAGGCAGCAAGUGCUUCCUCCGGUCAGCUUCACCUCCUGACCUUCAAGUUUUCCUCGCCAUCAGACGUGGAGAAGGUGUUGAACGACUUGUCACAAGCAGCGAGGGAACGACCCUUGUACGUCAUCGCUGA